AUGCCAGUGGUGGGCAAUGAUGAGCAAACGCAAGAACUUCAAGCAUUUUUAAUACGCUGUUGGAAAGAAAGAUGGAAGCCCAGUCGGUGGGCAAUGAAAGUGCGAAAAUUCUUACUUGCAAAAGAAAAUAGUUCCAAAAUGCUUGCUGAAUUGCUACUGAAGCAGAUUUUCAUUGGGACUAUUCCCAACGAGUUGCUACUAUCCUAUAUGAAUUAUGCCACAACAACGCAGUUAAUCUCCCACACCACCUUUUACUCUACAAUUGCACAGCUUGUGGACUUUAGCAAGCCAAGAUGCAUGAAUCGAAUCUUAGAGUUGGUCAUUCUUAUCUUGCCAUCAACUAGUUGUAAAACUAGAGAAGAUAGCUUAGACUUGGCUAAAGCUCUUCUAAGUUUGUUAUCAUGGCUUCAAACCGUGUGCAUAAUGUCUAUAAGAUUUUCGCAGGCUGGUGUUACAGAGUUAUGUAAUGCUGCACUUACCUUGAUUUUGGACAAUCAGAAUCUCUGCGGACUUAUUCGUAUUGGCAGCUUUAAUAGCACUGAAUUAUGGAACGUCGUGAAUCAACUUGGAGAACAGUUAUGCGAAGUAGAUAUGUCGAUGCUUGCGGAAAAACCUCGUAAUAAAUUAUUAAGGAUAGCAAGCAAAAUUGCGCGGCUAACUAAUCAUCAAUUCGACGGGAAUCCAUCAAUGCAACAGAAUAGUAAGGAUGGUGGACCAUCGACGUCAAUUCAACUUAUCAUUUACAUUCAGUCUUUGAUACGACCAUUAAAUUCCGAGGAAACCAUUGCGUGCUUGUUGGAAUCGGUUGAUUCGUUUAAGAGAAUUAACCCAUGUGAUUUCUUUGUGGAAUUAUAUCGAGCCUGUCUCACUGCCAUAUCCGAGUCUGCAAGUGGCUCAUGGGAUGAGGUUAAAAUAGUCUGCUUUACCCAUUUUAAGCUUCCUAAGAUUAUCAAGGCCUUGCUUAGGCGUAGCUUUAUGCAGCAACUGAUAUCACAACACGGGUUGUCCUUUAUGAAAUUAACCCGCCUCGCCAAUCUUCUUGACGUCAUCGAUAAAAAACUAAGAUGCGAUACUGUAAGUGCUAUUGCAACCUCCCUUCGAUUGGAAAAUAUUAUCACAGCAAAAGGUUUUGAGGAGCUUAUAAAAUCUAGACCUGAGAAAAGUGACGAUAUGAAUGAAUGUAACCUUUAUAAACAAAUGGACGAUGCAAAAAGCUAUUUGGAUCGGUUACUACAGUUAAUUAACGCUGGAGACAUCGUCGAAGUUCGUUCACAAAUAAACUACUUUAUUGAUCAUAUGGACGUUGUGCUUGCUACUGCCGCUUGUAGUGGCUGUAUGAAAAAUUUAGCCUUGGCAUUAAUAAGGUUAAAUGACUCCAUUAAAAGGCAAACAUCAAGAGGAGAUCAUUUGCAAUUGUUUGAUGUUACCUUCAUUUUGCUUUGUUCUGUUAUACAACGAUAUGGAAAACAGAUUUUGACGGAUGAUAAUCAAUCGACGGUGAAUUCAUUCUUUUAUCAAUGGGCUAACCAAUACUUACAUGAAGAAUACCCUUUUGAGUCUCAAGCUCAACAAGUUCCUAAAAGUGCGAGCAUUUCAGUACCCUGUACUCCAACACAAUCAAUUUUAACUAUGGCUACCGACACAGUAGAUUCGAUGUUAAGUGUUUUCACUAAGUCAUACGAUACUGAGUUUGACUAUUCAAAUUUAUACCAAAUGUGCAUGAUGGCGAGUGGUUUUGUUAAGGAAAUUAUUAAACCUUGGCAUUUAAAUUUUAUUAGUGAAUCAACUGUCAAGCAAUAUUUAGACCGUCUAAAGGGAAAAGCUUCUUGUCUAUCGAUUGCAAUUUAUGCCGCGUGGUAUAAAAUUGCACUGAGAAGUUCUUCAUCGGAGCGCAAAAAGUGCUUUAGUUGCCUUAAUCAUAUUAUGGAGAAUUUGAAAAAGGAGGAAGCGGAAAAUGCAAAUGAUAAAAGCAGAUUGAAUAAAUUGCAACUUCAACGAGAAAUCUUGUCCAGAAUUUGUCCAGAGAAUUCUCUCAUUGAAGAGAAAACGCGAAACAAUUCAACUCUUGCUUAUUAUGUUUACGACGCUUACAUUUUAAAAUUGCUAUUUAUGGGUGUUAAUAUAAUUAGCUCCUCUCCUCUAUUUUUAAUUGUGUUAGUUAACAGCUGCGGGUCUGAUGUAUUUAUGCAAUCGAAAAAUUCCCCUUAUGAAAUUGUAUCCGACAUUUUUUCGGAGUUUAUGACGAAACGUUGGCUAGGCUGUGCACAAAUAAGUAAUAUUUUUAAGCUAUGGUCUGCCACAUCUUCUGAUUGGUUCUGUGAGGCAUUACUUCAGAUGCUGAAUGAAGAUCGCGGAAAGGAUAACUGUAUUAUGAUAGCUGAUGCAAUAGCUUGUUUAACUCUGAUUCAUCCAACUGAAUUAAUACCAACGGUUUUUGUACAAGUAAUACAACAUCAUUUAAAGCCUACAAUUCACCAAUGGAAGGCGCGAGCUUUGGCUCAUGUGUUGGUGAGAUGUAUGCAAUUUGGCCUCACUUAUAGCGGGGGUACGAAUUCAUCUGCCACCAACGGCGAGAGGCCACCGAAAAUUCAACGGGUUGAUGAACCGUUUGAUUCAAGUAGUGAAGCAAGCUUAGCUAUAUACUGUAUGGAAACUGCGAUGGAUACCGAAUCUGUGUUAGUCGAAAAUGGUUACGACGACAAUAGAGCAGAAUCCUGCUUUGGGAAAGUAUUUAUUGCAAUACUAGAAACGUUACUGCUAAAGUUUCGAGAAAUAUUCGAAAAAAACCACAUUGGACCGUCAGUAACAUUUGCUAUGUACUUUCUGCAGCGGUAUUGCUUAACUAACAUGGAUCUGUUCUUAAAGCCUGGUUUACGCAAGCUGGCGAUCGAUCUUAUCCCUUUAAUUCCUGGACAAGUUAGCGUAGAUUUAUUAUUACGGCUUCAUGACUUAAACUUGGAAGAGCAUCGGAGGGAUUGCGCGAAAUAUUUAGCAUAUCCUCAAAUGAUAUCAAAGUGA